AUGGUUUCGUUAUUUAAAGAAGAUCCCAAACAUAUUCUGAAAACUAUCAAUGCUCAUUUGCCAGUUGAUCCACGUUCACUUGCCAAAUCAGUGCCAUUGCCCAAUACCGAAGAACCAGGGUUUUCCCCAAUUUACAGAAAUGCCUUUUCACCAGAUGAAUUACUUAAUAUGCCUUAUCCAGGAUUAGACACUUUAUACAAGUUAUUUGAAUAUGCUGUAGAUGUUCAUGGACCUAAACCAGCUUUGGGAUCAAGAGUUAAAAACCCUGAUGGCACUUUUGGUGAUUAUGUGUUCCAAGAUUACAAUACCGUCAGAAUCAGAAGAAAUAAUCUUGGUUCAGGGAUUUUUUUUAUUUUACAAAAUAAUCCUUAUAAAACUGAUAGUGAGGCCCAUAAAAAGUUGAAAUAUGAUCCAAAUUCUGAAAAAUCAUUUAUUUUAACUAUUUUUUCUCAUAAUCGUCCAGAAUGGGCCUUGUGUGAUUUAGCAAGUGUUGCUUAUUCAAUCACUAACACUGCCUUAUAUGAUACUUUGGGUCCUGAUACUAGUAAAUACAUUUUGAACUUGACUGAGUCCCCAAUUGUUAUUUGUUCCAAAGAUAAAAUUAGAGGAUUGAUUGAUAUGAAAAAUAAAUAUCCUGAAGAAUUGAGUAAUUUGAUCACUUUGGUAUCAAUGGAUGAUUUGACUACUGAAGAUUCAGUUUUGAAAAAUUAUGGUCAUGAAAAUAAUAUCACCGUUUUCGAUAUAAAACAAGUGGAAAAAUUGGGUGAAAUCAAUCAAUUGGAUCCAAUUCCACCAACUCCAGAAACUGAAUUCACCAUCACAUUUACUUCUGGUACCACUGGUGCUAAUCCAAAGGGGGUUGUUUUAACUCAUAAGAAUGGUGCUGCCGGAGUAACAUUUUUGUAUUGUAAUUUUAUGGGUAAAGAAAAUGUCCGAUUCUAUUCAUUUUUACCAUUGGCUCAUAUUUAUGAACGUGCCAAUAUUCAAUUUGCCUUAAGUUUGGGUAGUGCUAUUGGAUUCCCUCAAGGACCUUCACCUUUGACACUUCUUGAAGAUGUUAAAGCAUUGAAACCUGAUUUGUUAGCUUUGGUUCCUCGUGUUUAUACCAAGUUGGAAGCUGCCAUUAGAGCACAAACUAUUAAUAAUACUGAAAAACCUUGGUUGCAAUCAAUUUUCUCUACUGCCAUUAAUGCUAAAAUGGAAGCUCAUGCUAAAAAGGAAAACGAACAUACCAAUCCAAGAUUCUUAGUUUAUGAUAGAAUCUUGGGACUCUUAAAGAAAAAAAUUGGGUUCGAUAACGUUAUUACUAUGACUACAGGUAGUGCACCAAUCGCUCCAGAAACAAUUAAAUUUUUGAAAGCAGCUGUCAAUGUUGGAUUUGCUCAAGGAUAUGGGUUGAGUGAAUCAUUUGCUGGGGUUAUGGCUUCUUCUAAAUAUGAAACCGAAUCGAGUUCAUGUGGUGCAAUUAGUGUCACCACAGAAAUGAAAAUUAGAGAUAUCCCAGAAAUGGGUUAUUCAGCUCAUGACAAAGAAGGAGCUAGAGGGGAAUUAUUAUUAAGAGGACCACAAAUCUUCAAAGAAUAUUACAAGAACCCAGAAGAAACUGCUAAAGCUGUUGAUGAAGAUGGUUGGUUUUACACUGGUGAUGUUGCAUGUGUUGAUUCUGAAGGGAAAGUGAAAAUUAUCGAUCGUGUCAAGAAUUUCUUCAAAUUGGCUCAAGGUGAAUAUGUUUCUCCAGAAAAAAUUGAAAGUUUAUACUUGUCUCAAUUCCCAUAUAUUGCUCAAUUAUUUGUUCAUGGUGAUUCAUUACAAACUUUCCUUGUUGGUGUUGUUGGUUUGGAUCCAACCACUAUUGGUACUUAUAUUAAAAACAGAUUUAAAGAUGAAAUUGUCAAUGAAGCUGAUAUAAUUGAAUUCUUCAAAUCGCCAAGAAACAGAAAAGUUUUGUUGGAUGACAUGAAUAAAAGUAUUGGUAAACACUUGCAAGGGUUUGAAAAAUUGCACAAUAUCGACAUUUCUUUUGAACCGUUAACUGUUGAAAAGAACGUUAUCACUCCAACCAUGAAAAUUAGAAGACCAAUCGCUGCCAAUUAUUUCAAACAAGAAAUUGAAAACAUGUAUAAUGAAGGAUCUUUAAUUAGAAAUAACAAUUUAUAG